UACAAAUGGCUGGAAAAGAAAAGAAAAAUACUACUUGUGAACGUUGCGGCAAAUCAUUGUCAACGCCUCAAAGACUCCGUAAACAUCGUAGGCGAAAAAAUCCGUGCAAACCAAUUAUUAAAGAAAAUUUAUUUAAUGAAGAAUUUCAACGAUUGGCUAAUAUUACAGGAGAUUAUGAAAAAAAUUUAGUAUUUCGUGAGAAAGAAUUAGGCCCUGCACUUAAAAGACGAGCUAUAGCAGUAUACAAUGCAAGUGUCCCUAGAUAUCAUCCGGAUAAUGGAAGUGAUGUAAGAAAGAUGCUGGAAAGUCAAAGAAAAUCUUUCCGAGAGUUGCUGGAAAAAGAAUUCGACAAACGUGGCCAAUUUAAGUUUACACUGUGCUCACUUACCAAGUUCAUUAUGGGUGACAAACCUGGAAAUAAAGACUCGCAGAAUGAGGACGACUCCACUCCUAGCCGUACGGCACAAAAGAGUUCGAAAAUCGAUUGGUUACGAAAUAAGCAAAUUAUAGUAUAUAAUCGAUCAGAAAUUGAUAAUUAUUUAAGUGAUGCUUUCGAACAAAUUAUAUAUCAAGUGGAGGAGAGAGGAGUUUCAAUGCCUAUUACACAUCCGAACAACCCACAACCACCAAUUGCAUACAACCCUCAGCCAGUGGUACCACCACCAAUCGUAAACCCCCAGCUACCAAUUGCGAAUGUUCCUCAGGUAAAUCACCAGCCACCCAUUGAGAAUAAUCACCACCCACAAGUCGAACAAAAUAAUCUACCACAGAGAUGGGGCGCACAACCUCCUGGCACAUUCAGAAGAGUAAAGGACGAAAAUUUGGAAAGAUAUUUCCAAUACUUUAUUGGAAAUUCCCCAGAAUUUAUUCCAGUUCCACCUCCGCCUCCGCCUCCCAAACCUCGUCAUUUGACUGAAAAAGCCCAAGCAUUACAGGAAUUAAAAAAUUACGCUGAAAGAGGUAUUUUGUUAGAAAAUAACCGGCCAGAUGACCCUAUGGAAAUUGAUUUGGCAAUCACUAAUAUUGCGAAUAAAAUUACUGGCAGAAAGACAGGUAAUUUACCCCAAGUACAAUCUAUAUCACCCCAGUCGUACAGCCCGUGUAACCAUCAAAAAAUAGUGAAUGCAUCUCGUAGAAACCCUGUUAGAAAAAGAAUUAUUAGGAAGAAGAAAAAUACUAAGGGUAAAAGACGUGUUAAUUUGGUGACUUAUGCGCCAUCUACAUCAUAUGGCACAGAAAAUUCCAAUGAAGAAGUAGUUUACGAAGAAAUAUUCGAACCAUCAGCACCAUAUGGUACAGAAAAUUCUGACGAAGAAAUAGUUGAAAUAGUUGAAGAAGUCUCAGAAUCUGAUAAUGAAGACAGUAAAGAAGUAGCCAUUAAUCUUAUAAAAAAAAAUGAGAGAGCGGUACCGCAGGAAGGGGCAACUGUACGGCCAAAAAACCUGCAGAGCGAAGGAGAGACGAAGUCUCAAAGCUCCGCUUCUCCUUCAGAGCCAGAAAUAAUCUCGGAUGAGUCUAUGGAUAUUAAUUUGGUAAGCCAAAGUCUCAAAGAUUUGCUCCCCUAUCGAGGUCGUACGGCUGCAAAUGAUUUAACAACUGCUGAAUGUAGAAUAAAUAACGUUAUUAUCCCCAAAACGGUAUUGGAUGGUGGUGCUCAAUCCUCUUUUAUAUUCAAGGGAUUAGCUUAA